AUGUUAAGGUUUGCCAAUGGAUGUGCCUUUAUCAUUUUAGCCAAGGAUCGGGAAUCAGUCGCGGAUGGUGAUGAGACCUACUUGUCGUCUUCCCGGGUGGAGUCAUACUAUCCUCAUGAGGGCAAUGCGGAACCGGUUCAAGAGGAAGAGUCAAGACCCGCCAUCAUACUGCAACCCCUGCAUAUCGCCAUUGGAGUCUGCCUUAUCAUCCUAAUGGCUGUAGGAGUCCUCCUUCACGUCGUUAUCGUACUCUAUCGACGUCACUGUCGUCUCAAGCGGGAGCUUAUGAGACAGACGCAGAAAACCACUGCUACCGACUCCCAGCAACUGCAGCAGCAACAGCCCGACCGUCAGCCCUUCACUAGCGCCAACGCUACUGCUGGUCAGAUGGAUGGACAGCAAAUUCAUCUCCAACAGCUCAAGUACUCCACGGCAUCUCCCGAGCAGCUGUGCCAAUAUGUAUCUGACAAGCCCAAUAGGAGAUCUUGCUGCUUCCUGUGUGUGUGGAAACGACCCCAAGUCAAGACCCUCCCUUCAAAUGCCUAUUCUGAAGCUCCCACUCAAACAACCAAUAUGAUAUCAGAGAUGCAGUUUAAACAAUGCCUGAUGCAUAAGCCCCAUACUUCGUCUCAACCACUGAUUGCCUAUCAUGGUUUGCCAGCGACAGUCAACUCCCCAAGCAACUCAGUACCCUCGGCUUCGACUCUUCCCAAUUCAUCCAUUCUAAGCCAACAGCAGCAACAUCAGCAGCUAUCAUCGUUACAACCAGUUAUGUGUUCACCGCAUUCACCAGACCACGCUCUCCAUCCAAGUAUUAACAAAAACGCCUAUGCCACUGGAUCUAGUGUCAGUGGAGGUAGCGGAAACAAUCCCUCCACCGCUGAAAGCUCCCUUCCGACCCAGUCUUCUGCUGUGACCGGAUGGAACAAUGUCAACAACAAUGUUUUUGUUCUUAACGGCCUUACGCAUACAACGAAUGUGGAGCGGCCCAACCCUCCGGACAACAUUGAAAUAGGGGACCCGGCAACUCCAGAUUUUGAAACCCGACGUGCAAACGUGGCGCUUCCACCGGCCUUGCUUGGUGUAGAAGGUGUGGUUCCACCAGUGCCCUCUCCACCCGUCAACUCUACCAGUCUGGCCCUCUUUCGCUCGGCCGCCUCGCAAAAUGAGGCCUCUACUCUGGUGACACCUUAUGCCCAGCUCCAACUUUCUCUUUCCUUCGAUCAGUAUGAUACCCCGGAGCGUAUCUUCACCGAUGGCAACACCCCGACUGCCGGCUCAGGUAGCCUGGAUGGGUUUAAUGGACCUCGGAACCAGCUCAGUUCGAAUCCUACAACCAACUCCUCUCUCCUCCACUCCUACUGCGAGCAUGGAGGUACCGGUGACCUUCGUGUUUAA